AUGCUGGUCGAGACGCUGCGGCGGCGAGCGCCGGCGUCGCUGUCGCUCAUGACGUUCAACCUGCUGGCGCCGUGCUACUUCCGGCACGGCGGGCGGGUGGAGAGCGACGACCCGACGGCCUUCCUCUCGCGCGCGCAGGCCGCCAUCCACGCCAUCAAGCGCGAGCAGUGCGACCUCGUGUGCCUGCAGGAGUUCUGGUUCAACCGCGAGUACCAGCGCGCCUUCCGCGCCGCCUUCCACCCGACGCACUACCUGCACUCGGUCAAGCGGCCGGGCGACAAGCAGGACGGGCUCGCCGUCUUCGUGGACAAGCGCAAGUUCGAGCUGCACUACGUGGAGAACGUGGACCUCGUGGAGGAGGCGGGCGACCGCGUGGCGCUGCUCAUGCACGUGGCCACCAAGUGGAACCGCGCGCGCGCGCCGCUGCCGCAGCGGUCCUUCAUCGUGGUCAACUCGCACCUGACCUUCCCGCACAACGACAUGUACGCAAGCCUGCGCCUCAACCAGAUCGACCGCGUGCUCUCGGCCGUGCGCAAGUACAUCGCGCGCCAGGACCUGCACGACGUGCCUGUGCUGCUCUGCGGCGACUUCAACGACUACAACGACCCCGUGUACCGCCUCGUGACCAAGCACGGCUUCGCCAGCAUGUUCGCGCAGCUGCACGGCCGCGAGGCGCGCAUCACGCACUGCAACCACAACAACCGCGAGGUGGGCGUCGACUUCAUCUUCGGCGCGCGGUUGGAGAGCCCCCCGCUCAAGGCGGACGCGCGCCCCUGCGUGCCCAGACUGCAGCUCAAGCCCGUGGACUGCCACCUCGUGCCGCGCCGCCUGCCCGACGUGGUGCGGCUCAAGCGCCCGCAGUUCGGCCACGACUGGCGACACGUGCAGACGCCCGUGCUGCUGAACGACGAGGAGGAGCUCGUGGACUACUGGCGGAUGGUCUCGGACCACCGGCCGCUCGUGGCCAGGUUCGACAUGCUGGACGGCGUCGGCUGCAGCGAGAAGGUCGCCAUCCCGUCCCUAGAGAACGUGAGCGCGCUGGCCGCCGAGAUGAAGGCGCGGCUGCAGAAGACCAUCCCCUUGGACGCGGCCGCCGACGGCCUCACCCCGUAA